UAAGUCACGUCACACGAGAUUUGUUUACGAAAUAAAAGGAAAAAUAAUAUCUAAUAUUUUUUUGCGAAUCUGUUUGAUGGUCUAAACAGAUUUAUUUUUGUCAAAUGUCAUGCAAAUAAAUGCGACAGUAGAUAACACUAAGCCGUCUCUUUUCCGCAACUAGGUAACACAAAAUGGGUAAUAACAAGGAAAAAUGUUCCUUAGAUCGACUGUUAUUAACUCAUUAUUCUCAGUAAAGCGAACGCUUAACACGUUAAAAUGAAGCGCGCUGUUCUUGUUUUCGCAUUUAUAACUGUCAUAGUAAUUGUUGCUUUACGGUUCCAAAGCUGGUUAGUGAUGAUCAAAAGUGGCUUUUUAAAUGAUUAUACGAAUGUCAUAGAGUCGGAAUUCAAUUGGUAUUUGAGGAAUUUCAAUAAGUCUUAUAGUACGUCGGAGUAUAACAUCAGAUUAUGGAACUUUAAGGCAUCGCUAGAAGAAAUAAAUAGAUUGAAUGCCCUAGAGGGCGCCACUGUCUUCGGGUUUACAAAAUUCUCUGACAUGUCUAAGGAAGAGUUUGUUGAGCGCAUGUUACUGAAGCCUUCUUAUGUGGGCCCGUGUUAUGAAAAGCACCAAGUUUGUGUUGAUACAGACGGGUAUAGUAACAAUAGGACGUGGGAUAGUGAUGACGAUGUUCCUUCCUACUUCGAUUGGCGCGAGAAAGGCAUUGUAUUCCCGGUCCUGAAUCAAAGAUUGUGCAUGGGGUGCUGGGCUUUCAGCAUCGUCGGUGUGAUGGAGUCCAUGGCUGCUAAACAGGGGAUUGACCAUCAGAGGAGGAGUAUUCAGGAAUUGAUUGACUGUUCAUAUUACAACGAUGGUUGUAGAGGCGGCAACGUGUAUCGAGCGUUAGAUUUCCUCUGCCGGAAGUCAAAGCCGGUAGAAAUAGUCACAGAGGAAGAAUACCCUCUAACUUUAUCUGGUGAGCAGCACUGCGUCAUGCCUCCUAACCCUGUUGGACGACGAAUAAAAGAGUUUACAUAUCAAUGUCAUGUGGACGAAGAAAAAAUGGUGCGUCAAGUGGCUACACAUGGGCCCUUAGUAGCUAUAGUCGACGCCAGGAAUUGGAUGAACUAUAUAGGCGGUAUUAUUCGGAGAUCUUGCUCGGCUGGAGUAUCCAACCAUGUGAUCCAGAUUGUAGGAUAUUCAAAAAAUAAUACAGAUGAUAUUCCAUACUUUUUGAUUCGGAACUCGUUUGGAGAAGACUUUGGAGACCACGGCUACGUCAGGAUAGGUCUUCACGGCAACGUCUGCGGUAUAAGGGACCAAGUUACAAUGCUUGAUGUGGUGUAAGAAUGUUAAACCGUUAGGCUGCCGUUUCCAACAAGCUGUUCUGAACGAGGCAAAUAAAGCGAUUUUAUUGUUUCCUUUACAAACACAUCCCUCGCUGCGCGUCCUCGCACAUCUCUGGUGGAAACGCAGCCUUAGAAUUAAAAAAGGAUUAAAAUAUUAAAUAUACGUUAAAUGAAUAAUUACCACUUGUGAUGUCUGCUGAGUUUGUAUAAAAUUAUAAUAAUUCAGAAGAAGAUAUCUUUUUUUUAACAUAACUAAAUAUCAAUUUAUUAAGGCUAAACACAUAACAAGGAUCGGAUACUUAAAUUAAGUAAGACUGAUUAAAUUUGAAGUGAACAUUUUAC